AUGGAACUGUCAAAAACCAUUGAGGAGUACAAGAAAAAGAAAAGAGAUCUCGAGAAUGACGUACGGACAGUGCUGAACACGCCUCAAGUAAGACUUCGAGUAUGUGAUAUGUGUGGAGCGCAGCUCAGCCUGAUGGAACAUGAAACACGUCUAGCCGACCAUUAUGGCGGUAAAAUGCAUUGUGGAAUGGAAGCGAUUCGUGAUCGGUACGAAGAAAUGAAGGUAAUCAGAAUCAUGCGUUAA